AUGAGUACGACGAAAUUAAGACCGAGGACUGCUAUGCUCUCCGAUUCACCGCGCUUUCGAGAGUCUACCCACCUUAUCCCUACACCAGGCAUCCAAGAAGAUCGUCCUGAACGAUAUGAACCGCUCAUCCUGAAAGGGUGGGUUGUCAGUGCUAUAGCGGUGGUCAUGAUAGGUCUUGGGGUGGCACUAGAGGCGGCUCUGUCGGUGUCUACGAAAAACGAUGGCUAUUACGUACCCCCUGAAAAUGUUUUUAAAUUUGCAUGCACACAAUUCUUGACUUCUUUUAUUCCUACCCUUUUUGUGGCUCCAUUGGGAUAUCUUUGGUCUGUCACGGACUGGAUGCUAAGGUGGUAUCAGCCUUAUGUGACGCUGUCGAAAGGGGAAGCGCCCGCAGAAGAGAGUAUACUUCUUGACUAUAUCGCUCUGAAGUGGGGAAUUUCGCUGAAAUCUCUAAUAGAAGCAUUGGCUUAUCUUCAUAUCGGCGCUCACUGCGAUUGCUGUGAUAUUAUUGCAACCACUCGCUGGAUCUAUCUUCCAAGUAAAACAGGUCGCUCAAACAGCAACACGAUCGCCACCACCACUACCGUAGUUGGUCUUUUGCCCACUGUUGUCCAAUUGAACGCCUUCUUGGCAUCAGCAGGGUUUGCCGAUGCCGCUGUGUACAAUCACCUCCCUGAUCCACCAUUCGUCUAUGGGGAAUGGGCUUCUGCAGAGUUCCUUCUGCCUUCGCAAGACCUAGCUAACGGAUCGGUUGCUGUGAAUACAACUGCGAUACAGGCUGAAGUCAAUUGUGCUAAUCCCGCUUCGCUAUCGCUCUCCGUGCUCAGUGGAGGGAACGUGAGCGUAUCUGCAACAUCUUCUGAUGGCUGCACAAAGAAUCUUACACUGAACUCCACGGAUUCCGAACAGCAAUAUGGAGUAGUGAAUGUAGAUAACUGUCCUAGUUCAAACACAGAUCCAGCUUUCCAACCAGUGAUGUUCUGGUUCUUUCACACGGGAGUCAAUCCCCAGGCGGCGGGGGUCUUUUGUCGCCCCAGCAUUGGUGUUUUCAACGUUACGACCACAACAAAUCUCAAUGACGGCUCUCUCACGAAUGUAACCAUAGUAAGCAACUAUACGUCAGCAAAUAAUGUCACAGGCAGUCCCCUGAAUGGUCGAGCUUAUAACGGCGUGGUGUUUGAUCCCAGUAGUGAUACCACCAUACAGGCUCGAGCCACUGCCAUAAACUCUGGAGUUCCUGGAGCAAUCUUCCGUUUUGCCACACAACUUCCUAACGGACCUCAGCCGACAUUCGAUGCACCAAAUGGUUUCCUUGAUAUCACCUAUAGUGUCUACACACAACAUCUCGCCCUUGCUGCAAAGUCUAUUUACUUUAUACCAACUACCGGAUUCGCUCCGGCGAAAUUGACAUCUCAAGUGCCAAGAUUGCUUGUCGAACCUCUCCCUGCCCAUGCUCUCGCAGUCCUGCUUAUAGUGAUUGGCAUCAUCGGGCUUGCGCUUCACACAAUCCACAGGCGCUUACGGAGGCACUUGAGACUCACCAGUCCCCCCGGUUCAAUCGCUGCCAUAGUAUCGCUCACUUCUCGAUCUGGGUUUGGCGAACUGCUACUUCCCUAUGACGAUGAGAAGAGCAUUUCUCAGAAGUUGACUGGUUUGACUUUUCGACUAGACGGGCGAACAGGCGCGAUUGUCUCUGAAGACGAUGGGGGAGGCUUCAAAUAUCAUUCAGACGAUGUAGCCACGACGUUAUUUGGAAAGCACGACAUCAGCUACAGUAACCUGACGCUGGACUCUCCUCCCUUCAAGAUGACAGCUGCAGAACCUUAA